CGAUAGAAAAUUCGUAAGGGAUAAGAGUUGAUUUUCGAAUACAAUGUAAUUCAGCAUCCACUCAAUACCAUUGCACAUUUCUUUGUUACUUUUGUUAUCCCUGCUCCAUUUUAGAUAUAGAUGAUAAAAUAUGAUCAAAAGUUAUUUUGGUAUUAAUAUAGACAUGUCGGAUGUCAUAUUUUGAUGUCCUUUCAUGCCUCAAUGACAGUCUGCAAUGGCUGCGAACUUGAAGUACGGCAGAAGUGAACUUCCACCGGGAGGUUCCUUUGCCAGGGUGAUGCAGCGAGGUGACGGUUCCUCCCCUCGGCCGUCCAGUACUAGUAGUUCCCAGAGUUUCCAUAGCUUUGCCUCCAGUGAGGACUACCAGGACCAUGGGCCUCGACCUGGCCAAGAUAUUUGUAUUGGGGAGGAAGUCAAGAUAUCUAUUCAUUUAGCUAUGGAACGAUUUCGUAUGAAUGAAAGCCAAAAAGAACUUGAGUUUCCGUCGUCACUAACAGCCACAGAGAGAGCCUAUGUCCACAAAUUGUGUGAAGGAAAUGGCUUGAAAUCAAAGAGCAAAGGCAAGGCAAGUGGAAGAUAUAUCACUAUUACUAAAAGAGAAGGGAGGUUAUCUUCCCAGUCAUCUGCCUCAUUUUAUCUGGCGAGAAACAGUCGUCAACAAAUUCUGAAUCUCCUGCAGAGAUAUCCUGUCUCAAACAAGGAACGUCAAGAGUUGAUUCCGAGAGUUGACAGAAAUCAACCAAGUGAUGUUGGCAAAGAACUGAACAAAACAACCAUUGGCAAACUCAAUAAUGGAGUUGCACAGGUGCCCCCUCCUCGUGGUGACUCAGACUUGAAUGCCUUCCGGGAAGGAUUGCCUGUCUUCAAGCACAGACAGGACGUUCUUGACGCUCUCAACAAUAACCGGGUUAUUUUGAUAUCUGGUGAAACCGGGUCAGGAAAGACCACACAGGUCCCACAGAUGAUACUGGAUGACUGUUGUAACAAGAACAAACCCUGUAGAAUAUUCUGUACACAGCCAAGAAGGAUAGCUGCUCUCAGCAUUGCUGAAAGGGUGGCUUUGGAAAGGGGAGAGAAAAUAGGGCAAACAGUUGGUUAUCAAAUACGACUGGAGAGCAAAGUGUCUCCAAAAACGUUGCUGACAUUUUGCACAAAUGGUGUUCUUCUCCGCACUUUGAUGAACGGGGACGCGUCGUUUGGUGGUGUUACACAUGUCAUUAUUGAUGAAGUUCAUGAAAGAGACCGGUUUAGUGAUUUCUUACUGGCUUCCAUGGAUGAACUGAUGACAAAACAUCCUCACCUUAAAAUUAUCUUGAUGAGUGCAGCAUUAAAUACACAACUGUUUGUCCAGUUUUUCAAUAACUGUCCAGUUGUACACAUUCCUGGCACACUUUUCACUGUGAAGGAGUACUUCCUGGAAGAUGUAUUGAAGUGGACAAAAUACAGCAACAAAGCAAUGGAAAAAGCAAAAAGAGAGAAGGGAACAGUGACAAAACAGCAAGAACAGUUGGAGGAAUUGUGUGCUAAGAUGAGCAUUGGCAUAACGUAUACAGAGAUGGAAGACCAUUCUAUGGCUGGUAAACAAAGCCAUUCCGACACAGAUUCAGCUCCAAAUAACACAAAUGAAGAUAAAAGUGAACUCCCUGACUGGAUAAUAAAGGAAAUGGAUCAGUUUCUUACUGACAUUUUCUUGAUGGGAAGUGAAGAGACAUUUGCCCAGUUGGUCCAUCUCAUUAUGAGUGAGAAUGUCAGUGUGGACUACCAGCAUUCAGAAACAGGUGUUACACCUUUAAUGGUGACCACUGCUAGGGGCAUGAAUGACGAAGUGGAACAGCUACUUAACCUGGGCGCCAACGUUAAUCUCCACUUACCCAACGGCUGGACCGCCAUUGACUGGGCCAAGCGGUUUGAAAGAAAUGACAUUUUAGAAAUGCUGGAAGCUUUAAUGCUGUCAAAUGAUGUGGGGCCUUCUGGAGAUUCUUUGGCAGAAGCUGGUAACCAGUUGUUGACCGAUGCAGAAAAAGAUAUGCUAUCGCUAUACCAAAGCUGUUUUGAUGAUGAAAAAGUGGAUAUCCAGCUCAUCCUCAAUCUCAUUUACCAGCUCAUGUCAAACUACAGUGAUGGUGCUAUUCUGGUCUUCCUGCCUGGGUAUGAUGACAUUGUUGGCCUCAGAGAUCUGAUCGCAGAGGACUCUUUUUUUCACAAGUACAAAUACUUAUUAUAUACACUUCAUUCUGCCAUGCAGUCCAACGAUCAGAGAAGAGUAUUUAAAACACCACCUCCAGGAGUUCGAAAAAUUAUACUGGCCACCAACAUUGCUGAGACAAGUAUCACCAUUGACGAUGUAGUGUUUGUUAUCGACGCAGGCAAAGUCAAAGAGAAAACCUUUGAUGCUUUGUUGUCUGUCACCAUGUUGAAGAGUAACUGGAUAUCAAAGGCCAGUGCACUACAGAGAAAGGGCAGAGCAGGAAGAGUUAGACCUGGUCUCUGUUAUCACCUGUUCAGUAAAGUGCGGUAUUCAAACCUCAUGGACUUUCCUGCCCCAGAGAUACUGAGAUACCCUCUCCAGGAGUUGUGUCUCCACACCAAGCUGCUGGCCCCUAAGACCUGCUCCAUUGCUGACUACUUGUCCAAGUGUCCAGAGCCUCCCACUUUCCUUCUCACCAGGAAUGCUAUACAUCUCCUCAAGCAAAUAGAUGCCCUGGAUACGUGUGAGGAUCUGACAGAGCUGGGACAUCACUUGGCAGACCUGCCUGUUGAGCCGUGCCUGGGGAAGAUGGUGCUGUACUCUGUUGUCCUCAAGUGUCUCGACCCAGUACUCACCAUUGUUUGUACAUUGGCCUACAAGGAUCCAUUUGUAUUGCCCAGUCAACCUAACAUGAAGAGGGAAGCAAGUAUGUCUAGGCGUAAGUUUGCUGCUGACACCUGCAGUGAUCACAUGGCUCUACUACGAGCUUUCCAGGCAUGGCAGCGAGCAAGGACUGACGGUUGGGAGAGAAGCUUCUGUGAUAAGAACUACCUGUCGUCAGCCUGUAUGGAGAUGAUAGUGGGCAUGAGAACCCAGCUGCUUGGCCAGUUGAGGGCGUCCGGUUUUGUACGAGCUCGAGGUGGAGGAGACAUCAGGGACCUGAACACUAACUCUGAGAACUGGGCUGUGGUGAAGGCCGCCUUGUGUGCUGGUAGCUACCCCAAUCUGCUCCGUGUUGACAGGCAAAAAGCCAGACUAGCCACCCAGAAAGAAAGUAAUGUGUUCUUCCACAUGAGUUCUGUGGUAAGUCAAAUUCCGAGCUCAAAGAAGACACAGAAAAGCCAGUUCAUCAAAAGUCUGCGUUCUGAUUGGCUAUUCUACCAGGAGAUGACGCGGUUCCAGCGACACCCUAUGGUUAGGACCUGUACCAUGGUGUCGCCUAUCACAGUCGCUGUGUUUGCUGGACCAGCUAAACUAUCACCAGACGCUGUCAAGGACAGACAGUUGAACAGAAAUUUUGGAAUGAGAGGAGAGUUUGGAAGUGAGGAAAGUGACAGUGAAGGUGAGGAUAAAGAAGAUAACAGGAAGACCACACUACAGCUGGACGAAUGGCUCGGCUUUAAACUGGACAAUGAGACGACGAGCAUAGUGUUACAGCUGAGACAGAAGUGGAACAGUCUGCUGUUACGGAGGAUGAGGUCUCCCUCCAAGACUUGGUCACAACUGGAUGAGUCUGUGGUGAGAACAAUUGUCAAUAUACUGACCAAUGAGGAGCAGACAAUGGGACUGCAACAACCCGCUGGAAUUGGUCAGCGACCAAGACCUAUGACCGCGGAGUCCAUCAUGUCUGGAGGAGGUGGAAAGGGCAAUUUUGACUUUGUUACACCUCCAAGGAAGAAUUUUCAAUUUCAACAGAAAUCCAGCAGUGGUGUUGAUACCGCUUCGUCCAGCAGUAGUAACUCACCAUCGGCUAACACGAGCCACAGAGGUAGUCAGUCCAGUACCCCCUCCAUGAGUCCAGGCCCCGCCUCGCCCAGUGUGGGCGUGAACCACAGCAGCAGCCAACCUACCAGCUUCUUUGUUAUGAAAUGCAACAAUCAAAGCAAAGUGGACUUGUCCAUGAACAAAGGAGUGUGGGCCACUAACAAAUCAAACAAUAAGAAACUUAACAGUGUCUUUCAGGAGGGGAACACAGUUUAUCUGGUUUUCUCAGUGCAAGGAAGCGGCCAUUUCCAGGGCUAUGCUAAGAUGAAGUCAGAGUUUGUAGACAAGAAGGUUCAGGACUCCAGUUAUCAUGGACUCGACUACUGCUGUGAUGUAGAGUGGAUCAAAAGAGCAAACUUGUCAUUCCAAAGUACUCUGCAGUUGCUGAACCCAUGGGAUGACAAUAGAAAAGUACAGACCAGUAGGGAUGGCCAGGAGAUUGAGCCACAUGUUGGAGAAACCUUGAUCAAAUUGUGGGACAAAUACUUGGCCCAUCAGGGGAAGUCAUCCCCCUCGGCCAGUAAUAAGCCACAGAAUGCAGGUAAGAGAGGGGCCUUUCACGGCCCAGCGUCACCUGAAGGACCUGGCAGCUACCAGUCUAUAGGGGGCGAUCACAGUGACUACUCCUCCCACGGUACUCGUAACUUCUACAACAGACAGUCACAAGGAGGAUACCAGGACCAAGGAAACUAUGGAGGGUACCAGGUCAACGAAGGGUCACAUAAUGGUCACAGAGGCCAAGGUCAAAGGGGGAAAUCUUCAGGGAGGUCACCGAUCAAUCAGGGAAAUCCCUUUGAUAACUAUAGUGGGUACCACACUGGUGGAUACCAAGAUAACGGGGUAGCACCCGGAACUGAGUACGGAUCAUACAGCUACCACCAGAGAGGUCAAGGGUCAGGAGGUCACAGGAGAGGAAAUCACAAUCGAUCUGGGAAUAGGAGAUAGUUCAGUGAGAUUCCUCAAAGGUGUACACCAAAAAUAUUAUUUAUGAUGACGACAGCAUUACAUUGGACUUCCUUUGUUGUAUGUAAUGAAAUGAUAACAGACACGUUAAUACAGUAUGAGAUUAAUACACCUUUAUAUCUGUGUUAUGUUGGGAUCAAAUUUAGACGUCGGUUGUUGAGGAGGUGAUUAGCUUAAACAACAUUUUUUAACCUCUUAUAUAUUGGUCAAUAUAUAUACAAGGUACUAAAACACACAAUUUCGCUGUAACUUUAUUCUACUAAAACUUUACUUUGCUAACUGGAAAGUUUUAAGUCUGAUAGUUAAUGGUUGUGUUUAAAGACACACACAAAAUUAAAUUCAUGCUAAUCGCUGACUAAGCUAAUCACCUUUUGAACAACUGGGCCCUGUUGUCUAAAAGUAUGUUUUUCCUGUGUACUGUCUAUUAUUUAUUGAACCCUAUUCUUUAAAAUAUAAAUGAAAAGUCCAUAUUUUUCCAUUUCAACAUACUUUGUAUUUCUUUCAGUUCCCAAUUGAAUUUCUUUAUAACUUUUAAUAUGACAUUAUUAAAAAAUAUGGAAUAACUUGUAAAAGCAAGUUUUUUUUGAAAAGCUUGAGUUUGAGUUUCUUACAAGAAAACAGGUUCUGAUGUGUCUUGUAAAAAACACUGAUAUACAUUGUAGUAAGAAAUGAUGUAGCAUUGAGAACAAAUGUGAACUCUGCUACAAAUGAUUAUGGGACCGCUAAUACACAUUUUACUGUGUAAUAUGAAAAUCAAUCAUAUUUCCUCACAGAAACAUUCAUUGACAGAUGGUCAAACUGAAGUCAGAAAACAAAUGAAUUUGGAGAUAAACGAAAAUAAUUAUUAUAAUAUAAUAUAAUGUAUUAUAUGGAUAUGAUGCAGAUGAGAUCAGACUUUUGUAUUAACUUAAGAUCCCUGCAGCUUAAAAGGCAGCUAAUGAUGAAAUUUGUUGCUGAGAGGAAAUACUUAAAAGUAUAUUUGAGUUGAUUUCAUGCAUGACAGUUUUAGUUAGAAAAUUCAAUUUUUGUCCAAUUUUAUUCUCCACUGUCAUGUGACAU